GUUACGCCAUUUUUAUUCCAUUGACAGAUAUCUUCAUCGCUCUGGCGACUCAAAUACUAUAAUGUUUGAUACGCUGUAAUUUUUAAGCCAUAACUAGGUGCAUAUUCCUUAUUUAGGGUUUUUCGGCGAGCUGUGGUUUCUGGCUUGUAUUCAGUGAGCAAUGGGUGAAAGUGGGAAGCGUCAUCGUUCAUAUCGGGAUGACGCAGACGGAAGGAACCAGAAGAGGAGAACUGAUAAGGAUAGGGAGAGAGAUGAAAGGGGAAACGAUGAAGUGGUAGUGUACAGAAUUUUGUGUCCGGAUACUGUUAUUGGGAGUGUGAUUGGAAAGAGUGGAAAAGUGAUUAAUUCCAUUAGGCAAGACUCAAGGGCAAAGGUAAAAGUGGUGGACCCAUUUCCAGGUUGUAGAGACAGAGUUAUUACUAUCUAUUGCUAUGUAAGGGAAAGGGAGGAGCUCGAGGCGGAUGAUGAAUUCAAUGAUAACCGACCUCUUUGUCCCGCACAAGAUGCCCUUCUCAGGGUGCAUGGCGCGAUUGCAAAUGCUGUAGCUGCACUUGGAGAUUCGGACACGAGGAGGAGAGACAAAGAGAGGGAGGAAUGUCAGCUUCUAGUUCCAUCUAGCCAGUCCGCUAAUAUUAUUGGGAAAUCUGGUGCAACCAUUAAGAAAUUGAGGAACAAGACAAGGACACACAUCAAGGUUAAUGCUAAGGAUGCUGGUGAUCCAUCUCAUUCUUGUGCGCUGGAGUUUGACAAUUUUGUUAUGAUAUCUGGUGAGCCCGAGGCGGUCAAGAAAGCACUUUUUGCCAUUUCUGCGAUUAUGUACAAGUUUACAGCAAAGGAGAACAUUCCUCUUGACACUUCUGUCCCCGAAGCACCUCCAAGCUUCAUUAUUCCAUCAGAUGUUCCAAUGUAUCCUGCUACUGGACUUUAUUCAAGUGUAGAACCCAUUAACCAUGCUAGACCAAUGCCUUCUACCUUACGUCCUUCACACGCACACGAUAUCCCAGGCUAUGCUGAUGCCCGGGGAACUUGGCCAAUAUAUUCAUCUGCUCUUCCAAUGGUGUCUGGUUAUGGUGGUGCGUCGCAUUCUGAGGAACUAACCAUAAAAGUGUUGUGCCCCUCUAACAAGAUUGGUCGCGUUAUUGGGAAGGGUGGAAGUUCUAUUAAAGGUAUAAGGCAAGAGAGUGGUGCUCGUAUUGAAGUUGAGGACCCCAAGGCCAACCAUAGUGAGUGUGUCAUCACUGUGAUCUCCUAUGAGUCAUCAGAAGAUUUGAAAUCCAUGGCAGUUGAAGCUGUUUUGUUGUUACAAGGAAAGAUAAAUAGUGAAGAUGGUGAUACUGUAACUAUGCGGCUCCUUGUUCCGUCAAAGGUUAUUGGCUGCAUCAUUGGAAAAAGUGGUUCUAUAAUCAAUGAAAUUCGGAGAAGAACUUUAGCAGAUAUACGAAUUUCUAAAGGCGAGAAGCCUAAUUUUAAUGGUGGAGAUGACGAACUUGUUGAGGUAUAUGGACAAGUUGGUAAUCUGAGAGAUGCACUUAUUCAGAUUGUUUUGAGGCUUCGAGAUGAUGUAUUAAAGGAUAGGGACGACAUGCACAAUGCAUCUACUGGUGUUGGGGCAUUAUAUGCUGGCGGUGCAUCUCUUCCAGUGUCAUCAGUUUUCCAUAGUGGACACUCUGGUGCUGCGUUAAGUUAUGACGAAAGAGCUGAAGCAGAGAGUGGUUUGCGAUUAUUUUCCCCUCGUGGAUAUGGAUAUGGGUCCUUAUCAGUUGAUACUAGCGUCCAAUUGGAAGAUUGUCAACAUUGUCAUGAGUUCAUGAUGGAGGACACUGGCUAUGGAUCCUUGCCUUCGCAUUCGACAUCACUAUAUUCAGGGUUGUCUCGGCCAUCUGUUUUGGAAAUGGUCAUCCCUGCACAUGCGAUAGGUAAAGUAAUUGGAAAAGGCGGCACAAAUAUUGAGAAUAUAUGCAAGAUAUCUGGAGCAGCUAUUGAUAUUCCAGAUUCCAAGUCUUCGCGAGGCGAUCGUGUGGCUAUAAUAUCUGGCACCUCCGAGGAAAAGCGUGCUGCUGAAAACUUGAUUCAAGCAUUCAUUAUGGCCACUUAAGGUUCAAGGACAGCUCCAUUCGUAUGAAGGUGAAACUAGUUCAUAUCUGGGGUUUGUGAACAAAGGUUACUUCUCUCAUCCUCCUUUAGGUUCCGUUCGUGGAGAUCAAUCUUCUUCUUAGGCUUCUGGUGGAUUCUCAUCUCCUCUAUAGGGAUUCUUAUGAAGAGGCUUCUAAAAGUUUUUCAUAUCUAUUUCUAAGUGGUAUCAACUCUAGUGGCUGCAUGAUAAGGAUAUAUUCGUUCGUCUGCAGCAGCAUCAUAUGAGAAUAGGAAAUUUCAUUCCUAUUCGUUUCAUUCAUCAGACUCUUCUUAAAAUCUUAUUUCCUGCAUGAUUGUCUCAUGAUUGGAUGUUGACUUGAUUUUCAAGAUCGUGACACAUAAUCUUAUGUAUCCCUUCCUUGCUUGCUGCUACUGCUUCUGUCUUAUUGUUGUGCCUCUAAUCAAUGUUCUCUUCCGCAUGUUCCUCUCCGUUCUCUUCAUGCUUUUAGUAAUAAGCUCAGAAUGACCUCUCUCCUAAUAAAAUGCACUGCUUCUGCUCUGGCAAGACAAUAUCUACAAUCAUAAGCUACAAAUUCCAAUAUGCCUGUUGUUGAAUAGCUUGCGUUGGUUUCCUCGUUGGCUAACUAAUCUGAUUCAAUAUUGUGUUGUUUCAUGUCCUCUAAAUCUCCACUCAAAUCCUCUAGAAGGUCCAUUGACAUGUUCUUUACAGGAAUAGAAAAUGUUACAAUAUGACAUUCGAUUACCCAUAAUCUUCAUUCGGAAGUUUAUUGUUUACCUUGUUUCAAUUAUAAUCAAUUGGACCCUUAGUACCAGACAGUAUUGUUCUAUUUUACAUCAGAUAUGGCCCAUACUACCUUCGUUUAAUUGUUUUACUGCCCUGCAUAGACUUAUACUGAACUGACAAACACGAAUAUUAAGAUCAGUCCUAGCUCAUUUAAUCAAGACAUUAGAGUAAUACUUUCUACUAUUAGUGAAUAAGAUUUUGUAUCCUAAAACUUACUUUCUUCCUAAUCUAUGUGUUGACGUUAUUAUUAUUAUUCACAUACUGUCCUCAUCCUUGUACACGAGAUCAAGUCUGUCUGGAAUUGAAAAGAUUCUUCUCCGUACCCCUUCUCUAUGGAAUGAUAUGAUGUCAGAUCUUGUUAUCUUCACCUUCAGAUUCUCGAUAGGCUUUAGAUCUGGCCGCACAGCUCAUUCUCGAUCUAGUCAGUGCAAGUGGUUUGCAUAGUUUCUAAUCUGCAUUUAUCUAACAUAUCUGCUUUGAAUAAUAGAGGUUAUGCUGUUUCUGAACCAGAAUAAUCCUUGAACCUAAAAGCUCUGCUGCAUAUGUGAGGUUUGACGUUAUGCUCGAGUUGGGACUUCGGUGCAAUUUAAUUCUUCUUUCAUAUUCCUCAACUUUGUUCUUAGUAAAACAGAGUAAGAGUUUCGUGAUCUGGUGAUUUCUUAAAUCUGCUUGAUUCUCACCCAUGGCUUAUCUGUGGUAUCUAUGGGCUGAUUGGUGGUCUGUCAGUUUGGUAUAGCAGAUUGAAUAGUUAUAUGCUAACAAGUCUAGUUCUUAAGUAUAGCAGGUUUACACAAAUUUGCAUUGCUUCUCACUUUUGAUGAAAUUUCAUCAGUUAAUUACACGGUUUCUUUAUGCCCUCGUUUCGUUUUCUUAACGUGACAUGAUCAUGUCUUAGUCUAUUACCGAUUAAGGUCUCCAUGCCUGUGAAAGCUAUGGCAGAUGGGUUACUCUAGUAGAUCUUGAGUUUCUUACCUGCCGAUGGCAUAAUCUUAGUCAUAGAUUUGGGUUAUGCCGGUUAUGGAAUAUGAGGGCAGAUGGGGACUUUUCAUUGUAUGUUUGAAGGUGUAAAUAUAUAUCCAGUUUAACACAACUCUUUUAGAUUUUGUGAAGCGUUUGAACCAGAUUGUUGUAAUAUUCUUGUAUCACAUGUAAAGAGGCAUGAAAUUUUCAUUAUAUAGGGAAGUUUGUGUACAUAUGUUAGCAGAUUUGUGUGUCAUUUGUGAAUUUACACUUCACACAUCAAAGUCCAGAA